GUGUAAUAUUAUUGUGUAUAAUCGACGGCUAUACACUCUAGGACGGAGUGGUCUCGGUCGCUCCCCGUCGUCUCGCUUUAACUCCCUACCCUCCAACGCGUGCCUAUCGGACCAAUCCGCCACAGCAGCCUCUUCUGACCGCGUUAUUGCUGUUGAAUACCACUCCGCCGUCUUCAGUCUGUGCCCGCCAGCCGAUCUGCCGGUGCGUUCGUACACGUAAUUGUCGCAGUGUUUGCUAUCGUCGAAUCGAUACAAUUGUAAUACUAUAAAUGUGAGUUUGCAUGUGCUGUGGACUACAUAACUAUUUACCUGCAUAUGGAGUAAUAAUUUUUGGACAACCGAUUGUUGUAUCUCAUCAUGAACAGGUGUGCUUUCUGACCGAUAAGACGCCCGCGGCGUAGUCCAUACCGUCUUGUAUUAUACAACUCUAGUGUUUUAGAGAAUCCCGCGGGAACAACUACUACGACAAAAAUUAUGAUAUUCGUGUGUUUUAUGGGUUUUAACAAAGAGUGCAAAUAAUAUUUGUACAAAUUCGCGUACUUUUUUUCAAGCUUCUUAGUUAAAUAAUACCGCACCUUAACUUGUUCUCCUUUUGCAAUGGCGUACGACAAUUACAGACAUUGUUGUUGCGCCACCGGUGUUACCGCGGUCCCGGCACUGUGAUAACAUGUUAUCAUGAAUGCGGCUUUCUCGUCGUCCGUUUACCUGCGACUAUGGCGACGUACCCUGUUGUUCGUCGCCGUUAUAUUAUGCUUGCAAAUGAUGUCGACGGCCUUUGUUGCCGGCGCCGAGAAAACUUCGGAGUUCGUCAAAGGCAAAAUAUGCAUUGGUACCAACGGUCGUAUGUCUGUUCCAUCGAACAGAGACCACCAUUACCGAAACCUGAGGGAUCGUUACACAAACUGCACAUAUGUAGACGGAAACUUGGAGUUAACUUGGCUUCAGGACGAACAUUUGGACCUAAGCUUUUUACAACAUAUACGCGAGGUAACCGGAUAUGUGUUAAUAAGUCAUGUAGACGUCAGCAAAAUUGUGUUGCCCCGACUACAAAUCAUUCGAGGCCGUACUCUAUUCAAAUUGGCUGUUAAGGACGAAGAGUUCUCUUUAAUGGUUAUGUUGUCCAAAAUGAAUAAUCUCGAAUUACCAGCUCUAAGAGAUAUUUUAGCUGGAAAUGUGGGCAUGCUCGACAACUACAACUUGUGUCAUAUGCGUACUAUAAACUGGGACGAGAUAAUUACUGGACAAGGUGCAAAAUCCGUGUACUCAUACAAUUUCUCUAAUUCUGAACGAGAAUGUCCGCCCUGUGACAAAUCUUGUACUGGAGGUUGUUGGGGAGAAGGUCCUCAUAAUUGUCAAAAAUUUUCCAAGAUAAAUUGCAGUCCUCAAUGUUACCAGGGCCGUUGUUUUGGGCCCAAACCCAGAGACUGCUGUCACUUGUUUUGCGCCGGUGGCUGUACUGGUCCUAAGCAAAGCGAUUGCCUCGCUUGUCGGAAUUUUUAUGACGACGGUGUUUGCACCCAAGAAUGUCCUGCCAUGCAACGUUACAACUCUAUCACGUACUCGUGGGAAACGAAUCCAAACGGAAAGUAUGCUUACGGUGCGACCUGCGUGAAAAAUUGCCCAGAGCACUUGCUCAAGGACAACGGUGCCUGCGUACGAAGUUGUCCGCCAAAGAAAAAGGCUGUGAACGGUGAAUGCGUUCUGUGUGAUGGACCUUGUCCGAAAACUUGUGAAGGGGUAGCUACCAUACACGAUAGUAACAUUGACAGUUUUAAGGACUGCACCGUUAUUGAAGGCUCACUGACUAUUUUGGAUCAGACGUUCAAAGGGUUUCAACAAGUCUUUGCCAAUUUCAGUUUCGGUCAACGCAUAAAAGCUAUGCACCCUGAUCGAUUGGAAGUUUUCAGUACAUUAAAAGAAGUUACUGGUUACAUAAAUAUUCAAGGAUCGCACGAAGACUUCAAGAAUUUAUCAUAUUUUAGAAACUUGGAAGUAAUUGGAGGCCGUACAGUCACUGAAUAUUUUGCAUCAUUGUAUAUUGUGAAAACUUCGUUAACGUCGUUAGGUUUAAGAUCAUUGAAAAAAAUUCAUUCCGGAAGUGUUGCAAUAUUAGAAAACAAAAGACUGUGUUAUGCUCAGACGAUAGAUUGGGAAUCGAUAAAAAAAUCUUCUGAACAUCCAAAGCUAUUACAAAACAACAAAAAUGAAUCUUUAUGCAUUGCAGAAAGCGACGUAUGUGAUCCAGAGUGUUCGAAACAAGGAUGCUGGGGUCCAGGGCCACAGCAGUGUUUGUCUUGUCGAAAUUUCCAGUACCAAAACCAAUGUUUACCAAGUUGUAGUUACGUGCCUGGUCUUUAUGAAGCUGGAGAUAAGACUUGCGCGGCUUGUCAUUCUGAAUGCGACGGUGGCUGCCAUGGUCCUGGUUCAGAACAUUGCACUAAAUGCCACAAUUAUCGUGAUGGUAUGCAUUGCGUGUCUCAGUGUCCUGCGUCCAAGUAUAGUGCAAGUCAAUCCAAACCUAGUACGUGUUUACCUUGCCACGCGAAUUGUGUUGGAGGAUGCGGUGGUCCAGAUAAUACCAUCGGUCCCAACGGCUGUCGUUCAUGUCAUAAAGCCGUACUUAAUGCUGAUGCAUCUGUGGAGAGAUGUUUACACAAAAAUGAAACUUGUCCAAACGGCUACUAUUACGAAUGGGUCGGACCACUGGAACAAGGCGGCGCGGCUCUUCGUGCUUUGGCCGGCAAAGCUGUGUGUAGAAAAUGUCAUCCGCGAUGCUUACGAUGCACUGGUUUCGGGUUUCAUGAUCAAGUGUGCCAACGUUGUGCGGGGUACAAGCGUGGUGAUCAAUGUGUGGACGAAUGUCCUAUUGAAUACUAUGCUACUACCAAUACCCUGCCUUCAGGUGAACAAGAACGCGAGUGUGUCGCAUGUGAUAUCAUGUGCAGAGGGUGCUAUGGACCACAUGUUUCACAAUGUCAUGCUUGUCGACAUUUCAAAAUAUUUGAGCCAACUGGAAACCCUUCAGACAACCGAACUGCAUUUAAUUGUUCAGGACCAAUCUGCCCAUCUUUUGCUCCUUAUAAGGUAUUUACUAAAGAUGACCAAGACCCCUACUGUUCAGCUGAUGAUGUCAGGAUGGCUUCACGACUUGGUGAUUCUGAUCAAAUACCUUUGAUAUUGAGUGCGGUUGUGGUUUUCACUUUUUUGGUCAUGGUCUUACUUAUGAUUCUUGUUUGGCACUGGAGAAGACGUGCUAGAGCUAAAGAAACUGCUGUUAAAAUGACUAUGGUGCUAACCGGAAUGGAGGACAAUGAACCAUUAAGACCAUCUAAUGUUAAGCCAAAUACGGCUAAAUUAAGGAUUGUUAAAGAAGUUGACUUAAGAAUUGGUGCUGAACUAGGAAAUGGAGCAUUUGGAGUUGUGUAUAAGGGUGUUUGGGUUGUAGAAGGUGAAAAUAUUAAAAUUCCAGUAGCUAUCAAAAAAUUGCACAAAAAAGAUGACACAUGUGCAUAUGAAAACACUAGUAAAGAAUUCUUGGACGAAGCAUACAUCAUGGCUAGUGUUGAACAUGAUAAUUUAGUUAAACUACUAGCUGUUUGUAUGACAUCUGAAAUGAUGUUAGUUACUCAACUUAUGCCUCUUGGUUGUCUGUUAAAACAUGUACGAAACCAUAAAGAUAAAAUUGGUUCAAAAACGUUCCUUAAGUGGUGUACUCAAAUAGCUAAAGGUAUGGCCUAUUUAGAGGAAAAAAGACUGGUGCAUAGAGAUCUAGCUGCUCGUAAUGUACUUGUUCAAAAUACAAAUUGUGUAAAAAUCACAGAUUUUGGUUUAGCAAAAUUACUAGACGUUGAUCAAUUAGAAUACACAGCUGAUGGUGGUAAAAUGCCAGUGAAAUGGUUAGCUCCUGAAUGUUUAAAGUACAGAGUUUUCACACACAAAAGUGAUGUUUGGGCUUUUGGUAUCACUGUUUGGGAAUUACUAACUUAUGGUAAACAACCAUAUGAAAAUGUAGACAAAAAAGAAGUUUUAGGCUUAUUAGAAAAAGGAGAACGCUUACCUCAACCACCCAUAUGUACUAUAGAUGUCUAUAUGGUUAUGGUUAAAUGUUGGCUUAUUGAGAAAGAUAGUCGUCCAAGUUUUGAAGAACUUGCUGAUGAAUUUGCUAAAAUGGCCAUUGAUCCAGGUCGUUAUCUGGUCAUACCAGGAGAUCGCUACAUGAGAUUACCUUCAUAUUCUUCACAAGAUGAUAAUGAAAUACUCUCAAACUUGGCUACAGAGAGUGCUGAUUUGAGUAUCAUAGAAGCAGAUGAAUACAUGAACCCAAAAAUGGGAAAUGGUAUGCCUGGACCUUCAAGACUAGGAUCAUGCAGUACAGCUGGUGCUGAUAUGAUAGGGGGUCCUAUGCAUAGCAGGCAUAAUUGGGAUCGUGAACUUCGAAGAUUUAGUGAUAUACAUAGAUUGGAUUGUGAUACUUCUGAUGAUCUCAGCAAUGGAAGCAAAGCGCAGAUAGGUACUCUAAAGUUAGACUUGCCAUUAGAUGAAGAUGAUUAUUUAAUGCCAUCACCAGCCAAUGAAGAGAUGGACUUAAAACGUCGACAUACUCCAGCUAAUUAUAUAGAUUUAAUUGGUCACCAACAUGCUGAGGCUGAAUAUGCAAAUGGAAUACCUAGACCACCUGGUUUAACAAAAAAUUUUCAUCCAGAUUUCAUACCUACUCAAGUUAGUAGUGUAGAUAAUCCUGAAUACCAUAUGACUGGUAAUGAAACAAAUAGCAAUUCUGCUAUUACCUCAAAUACUAAUGGUGCUACUACUGUUGAGCCGCAAUCGCCUGCUCCCAAUGGUCGAAGUCUAGAAGAAGAAUCAGACCAUGAGUACUACAAUGACUUUGACCGAUUACAACGUGAACUCCAGCCUCUUAGGCGUAAUGAGACGACUGUUUAAUCUUCUAAUUUUAGUGGAUUUUUUUGUAAACUCUUAAUUAUUUUUUUUUAAUUUCUGUUGACUCAUUUUAAGAAUACUCUAUAAAAACAUGUUUUACAACUCUCUUGCAACAAAAAUGUUUCAUUGCAUGAAUAUUAUUAUAUAAUAGAGGGUCUGUUUAACUUUUAUUUUUAUGUAAAAAGUUGUAUGUAAUUAUAUUAUUAUCUACUACUGUGCCAUUAUUUUCAUUAACCGACUGUAUAAUGUUUGUUUUUUUGUUUCUUUUUUACUUUGAAGAGAUGUAAGUAAAAAAAAAAAUUUAUGUUUGUCUGUUAUUAAAAAAGAGUUAUGUUAUGAUUUUAUAUAAUGCCAGUUGAAAAACAGUGAACAAAAAUUUUUGUAAAUAUGUAUGACAAAUGUACUUAAAGACAAAAUCAAAAACUAUUUUAAUCCCAAAUAUAUUUUAUGACUAUUGCCUUUAAGUACUCUAAAUAGGUAUAAAUGUGUUUUUUUUUUUUAUUUUUUAUUAAGAGGCUGUGAUAUUUAUUAGGUUACUGUAAAUAAUUUUUAUUUAAAAUAUAAAUUACAUUCAAGAGUAAGGUUACUUGUUUUUAUACAAUGUUUUUCUAUAUUGAAUUAUAUUAUUAACUACUGCAAUAUUAUAUAUUUGAUAAACAAUAUAACAUACUGACGUUUAAUUUUUACCAAUUGGUAUCUAUACUAUUCAUCAUGUAAGUAGAUAUUAUAGUUAAAUGUACUUUUGGAAUAUUUUCAAAUUGUUGUACUUAUAUACUAUAUAAUGUAUCCAAUUUUAUUAAUUGUGUUAUAUAUUAGAUCUCUUUAAUUUCAUUGUAUCAUACUUUUUAUUAUUAUUAUAGAUCACACAAAUAGUCUUGCCAUCUACUAUACUCAUUAUUAUUUGUUUACAUUAAAAAAACUGAUAAAUAAGUUGUACUAUUUAUAUAUUUUCAUUCAUACAAAUGUGCCAUUUAAUUAUAUAAAUAUUUCAAAUUUGCCAGAAAACCAUUUGAUUAUGCAGGAAACUAAAAAAA